AUGCAUUCCUUGUUGCUUGUGGAACCUCUCACUCUUCCACCCCGAAACCCACGAAUUGGCGCUACCACCAACCGAACAAAACGACGUAGCUUGUCCCUUCAACCCUCAAACUCCACCCACCAGUACCACCCACAUCAAAAAGUCCCUCACUUGACCCUUUAUGAUGAGCCACUGAGUUCCACCACUUACGCUUUGAUUCUUGAAUCUUGUGGGUCCCUCGGUUUGGGAAAACAGGUUCAUGCUCACUCCAUUAAAGCUGGGUUUCGUGGGCACGAGUUUGUUGAAACCAAGUUGCUUCAGAUGUAUGGUAAUACCGGCUCCUUUGAGUGUGCUCGCCUGUUGUUCGACACAAUGUCCCUUAGAAACUUGUAUUCUUGGACUGCACUCCUGCGUCUUCAUGUUGAUAUGGGGUUCUUCGAGGAAGCGUUUCUUCUUUUUAAAGAAUUGCUAUAUGAAGGAGUGCGAGUGCAAUUGGAUUUUUUUGUGUUCCCCGUGGUGUUGAAGAUUUGUUGUGGUCUUGAUGCAUUGGAGCUGGGUAGGCAAUUGCAUGGGAUGGUCUUCAAACAUGAGUUUGUUACCAAUGUUUAUGUGGGCAAUGCUUUGAUUGAUAUGUAUGGUAAAUGUGGGAGCUUGGAUGAGGCCAAGAAAGUUCUAGAAGGAAUGCCCCAAAAGGAUUGUGUCUCUUGGAAUUCUAUUAUUACUGCAUGUGCUGCCAAUGGGAUGGUAUACGAGGCAUUGGAUCUUUUGGAAAAUAUGUCUGCGGGUGAUUUAGCACCCAAUCUUGUUUCUUGGAGCGCAGUUAUUGCAGGAUUCUCGCAAAAUGGUUAUGAUGUUGAAUCGGUUGAACUACUCGCCAGAAUGCUAAGAGUAGGGAUGAAACCAAAUGCUCGAACGCUGGCAAGUGUCCUUCCUGCUUGUGCCAGGAUACAAUGGCAAAGGCUUGGGAAAGAAUUGCAUGGCUACAUCAUUAGACAUGAGUUUUUCUCUAAUGCUUUUGUUGUGAAUGCAUUAGUUGAUGUGUAUAGAAGGUGUGGCAAUAUGAAAAGUGCCUUCAAAAUAUUUUCCAAGUUCUCAAGGAAAUGUACUGCAUCUUACAAUACAAUAAUAACUGGUUAUUGGGAAAAUGGAAAUAUCUUUAAGGCCAAGGAAUUGUUUGAUCAGAUGGAGCAGGGAGGUGUAGAGAGGGACAGGAUAUCAUGGAAUUCUAUAAUAUCAGGGUAUGUGGACAAUUUCCUGUUUGAUAAAGCCUUUGGCUUGUUUCAAGAUUUACUGAAGGAAGGAAUUGAACCCGAUUCUUUCACUCUUGGAAGUGUCCUUACUGGCUGUGCUGAUAUGGCUUCUAUUCGACGAGGGAAAGAGGUACAUUCACAGGUCAUUGUCAAAGGUCUGCAGUCCAACAGUUUUGUGGGUGGAGCUUUGGUAGAAAUGUACUGUAAAUGCCAGGACAUAAUGGCUGCUCAAAUGGCAUUUGAGGAAGUAACUGAAAGAGAUGUAGCAACUUGGAAUGCUUUGAUAUCUGGCUAUGCCCGCUCUAAUCAAACCCAAAAGAUAGAAGAACUUCUCCAGAAAAUGGAAGGGGAUGGUUUUGAGCCAAAUGUGCAUACAUGGAAUGGUAUUAUCGCUGGCUAUGUGGAAAAUAAACAUUACGAUUCAGCAACACAAUUGUUCACUCAAAUGCAGAUUUCAAAUUUGAGGCCUGACAUUUACACAGUUGGAAUAAUUUUAGCAGCAUGCUCCAAGUUAGCUACAAUUCAACGAGGAAAGCAGGUCCAUGCAUAUUCCAUAAGAGCCGGGCAUGACUCGGAUGUUCAUAUUGGAGCUGCCCUGGUAGACAUGUAUGCGAAAUGUGGGGGUAUUAAGUAUUGCUAUCUAGUUUAUAACAGGAUAUCAAACCCUGAUUUGGUGUCCCACAAUGCAUUGCUCACUGCAUAUGCCAUGCACGGACAUGGGGAAGAAGGAAUUGCUCUUUUUCGCAGAAUGUUGGCUGGAAAAGUGAGACCAGACCAUGUAACUUUCCUAUCAGUUCUUUCUUCAUGUGUUCAUGCUGGAUCAAUUGAGAUAGGUCGUGAAUGCUUUUCUAUGAUGGAAACAUACAAUGUGACGCCCACAUUGAAGCAUUAUACAUGUAUGGUUGACCUCUUGAGUCGUGCAGGGAAGCUCAAUGAAGCAUAUAAACUUAUCAAGAACAUGCCUAUGGAGGCUGAUUCAGUGACCUGGAGUGCACUGCUUGGAGGUUGUUUUAUUCAUAGUGAAGUUGCCUUAGGUGAAAUUGCAGCAAAAAAGCUCAUAGAAUUGGAGCCGUAUAACACUGGAAACUAUGUUAUGCUAGCAAACUUGUAUGCUUCAGUAGGGAGAUGGCAUUAUGUCGCUCAAACUAGACAAUUAAUGAAAGAUAAGGGGAUACAGAAGAGUCCAGGGUGCAGUUGGAUAGAAGAUAGAGAUGGGGUUCAUGUGUUUCUUGCUAGUGAUAAAACUCACAAAAGAGCAGAUGAGAUAUAUUAUAUUCUGGAUAAUUUGACUAAUUUAAUUAGAAUAAAGCAUAAAAGUCAAUUAUAA